AUGGAAAACUUCCAGUACAGCGUGCAGCUGAGCGACCAAGACUGGGCUGAGUUCUCGGCUACCACGGAAGAGUGUGGCCUCCUGCAGGCUGGCCUAGCCUCCGGGGACGAGCUCUUGUCCAGUGACAUUGACCAAGGGGACAGCAGCGGCCCCCUCGGGCUCCUGCCCCUCCCUACUGGGCAGCCGGCCUGCGAGGAGGAGGAGGACGCAGCCACCGGGGAGGCGGUCAGCAGGUCGCGGUGCGAGCUCGUCUUGGCCGUGGGGGCUGCUGAGCAGACACCCGGCACGUCCGCACGGCCAGGACCUUGGCCGUCUCUCAGCUCCGGUGCCAACCCUCCUGGCUCAGCCCUCCUGGGGCCAGUGUCUUCCAGAGACGACAUGCACAGGCUCCUGCAGGGCCCUGCCCCUAGCGCCCCCGGGGACCCCCCACUGAGUCCCGGGUCCCCUGGCCACAGCACCACCCCACAGGGGCCCCCCAACAGCCCCAGAAGCCUGCCUCGGAGCCCCAGCCGAAAGAAGAGGCGAGCCGUGGGCGCCAAGGCGGGCGGGAGCCCGGGAACCCCAGGGCCUGCCCCUGCCCGGCUGGGCUCCCCGCCGCUCACGGCCCGGCCUGAGGAGGCAACGCUGGCAGCCGGGGCCAGGCAGGACGAGCUGGGGCCAGACUCUGCAGGAGCUCCCGGGCCUGGCUCAAGUGCCCCUGCGCUGGUCGCCAGACGAGGGCCAGGUUUGGACCUGUCUACACCUAUCUCUACAACUGAGCAAGGUACAGAGCAAAUGGGAAUGACCCCUAGAGCCGAGAUACACCCAGUGUCCACAUCUGCCAAGGAGGCUCAUCCAGAUGUCGCAAUGGCUAAGCCAGAUGUGGCUGUGUCUACACCUGCCUCUGAGCCUCCACCCGACACGGCUCCGUCUACACCGUCUUCUGAACCUCCACCUGACACGGCUCUGUCUACACCCGCCUGCGAGUCCAGACUGGAUGUAGAUCUGUCUACAGUAGGCCCAGGGGUCGAGCCAGAAGUGGCUGCAUCGACAUGUGCCUCAGCGGCUGUCCUGUGUGCAGCUCUGCCUCACUCUGUCUCGAGGGUCGAGUCGGAUGUGGGUGUGUCCACACCUGCUCCCCACGCUAAUGCUGCUGCCCUGUCCUGCUCCACUGCCCCCCAGCCCGGGCCUGGUGUGGUGGAGACAGAGGUUGUGUCUCCAGGGGGUCCCCCAGCGAAGCCCAGUGAGGAGCCCUUAGCAGGGGUCCCUGGACACCCCUCGGGGGAGCACCACGGGGGCUCCGUCCAAGCCCCCAGGAAGAAGAAAGUCCGAUUCUCCAUGGCCUUGCCCAGCCCCGGGGAGCCAGGAUCAGGGGGGGCCUCGGAGCACCCAUCGCCAGCCACAGCCCGACCCUCAGCCCCCAGGAUGGCGCCUGGGGGCCACGGAGGGCCCAGGGCCUGGGACACUAUGGCCGUCGGGCCCCGGCCCCCCAAGCCUCGCAUCCUUAAGCACCUGCCCCCCCCAGCCCCCUCUGCCUUGGGGACACUGGGUCCCAGGAGCUGCUUUGCCAUGACCCUCCCAGAGGCCUAUGAGUUCUUUUUCUGCGACACCAUCGAGGAAGAGGAGGAAGAUCCUGAGGAGGUGGCAGCGGGCAGCCAGGUUCCGGCCGAAGCCCAGUGGCCAGACAUGUGCGAGUUCUUCUUCCGGGAUUGCCAAGCCCAGAGGCCGAGGCCCCGGCGGUCCUGCUCCCCAGCCCCAUCCCCAAGGGAGCCUGUGCCGGCCCCUCCGCCUGGAGACCCCGUGCCCAUGUCCAUCCCCGAGGCCUACGAACACUUCUUCGGGGAAGACAGGUUUGGGGGCGAGUUGGGGCCAGCCACCCUGCUCCAGCUCCAGGCCUCAGAGACCCCCGGGUCGGUCUCCCUGGGAGCGGGGCCCAGGGCCCCACCCACUCCCGGCCCCACCCGAGGAGAGCGGCUCGCCCUGGCGGUCAGGCGGGCAGGGGAGCUCCGGGGUCCCCUCACCCCGUUUACCUUCAGCCAGAACGACAUGUGCCUGGUGUUUGUAGCCUUUGCCACCUGGGCUGUGAGAACAUCAGAUCUGCAUUCCCCAGACGCCUGGAAAACAGUCUUGCUGGCCAACAUUGGCACCAUCUCCGCCAUCCGCCACUUCCGCCGGCAGGUGAGGCGAGGGCGCCGCAGCCCCAGCCCCAGCCCCAGCCGCAGCCCCAGCUCCUAG